CCGAGUCAAUUCGCGAGCUGGCUGCGCUGCCGGGGUCCAGCUCGUCGCUGCGGAUGCUCUCCUUUCAUCGGAUUAGACAGCACCUUUGCCCAUUUUAUGCCCCCAAUAGGGCUGACAGUAGCCUAAAUGGCUUCAAUCGACUUGGGCGCUGAGUUUCUUGAGAGUGGUAGCGACAUUCGGGAGGUCAGCAGCAACGUCUCGAAACCGACAAAGCGUCAACGAUGGGCAACUCAACGGAGAGCCGGCCCAGGCGGCAUGCGGAAGCGCGUCUCCAUAAUGGAUCGCAUACAUAAGAACAAUUUGGACGGGAAAGAGGACAUACCGAAGCCAGCUGCAGCUACCUCUCCCACAUCGUUGAAAUCCCCCACUUCACAGCAAUCAAGUACGGACAGCCCUACGGGGUCUGGCACCAGACGCAUCUACUUUAACAUUCCGAUUCCCGAAAGCGAACGAGACGAAGAUGGCCGCCCCAAAGCAGCGUACCCCAGAAACAAGAUCCGAACUGCAAAAUAUACGGCUUUGUCUUUCGUCCCGAAAAACAUUUGGUUUCAGUUUCAGAACAUUGCGAAUAUCUAUUUCCUCUUCAUCAUCAUCCUGAGUUUUUUCUCGAUCUUCGGCGUCUCUGACCCCGCUCUUAAUACCGUGCCUCUAGUCGUCAUCGUCGUGCUUACCUCCAUCAAAGAUGCCAUUGAAGACUUCCGGCGUACGGUCUUGGACAAUGAACUUAACAAUUCGCCCGUAUAUCGCUUAAUAGAUUGGAGCAACGUGAAUUCGACCGAGGAUCAUGUCUCUCUAUGGCGUCGGUUCAAGAAAGCGUGUACUAGGGCGACUGUCACAACAUACAGAGCGAUGAAGGGCCUCGUCCAGAAGAAACAGAAAGCUCAACGACCGGUUCAAGAUAAUCGACGCCUGACCUUCAUGACGACUGUAUCACCGCGGGCUUCAAUGUCCUCCGAGCAUGAAGAAGAUGAUGCUAUCCAGAUGACUCCUGUUUCAUCCCCAGCUCCUGAAGCACGCCCCGACUGGCCACUUCCAACUCCCGACCACGAUCAGUUCUUGCAUCCAGACAAACUGGCUCGGGACAGCCUGGUCACACCCGCUCCUUCUGCCACUCAUCCCCACAAAACUGGCAGCGUGGUGGAUACGUCAAAGCAGACAUUGGGAAACGCUAGGUUCAAACGCGAUUUUUGGAAGAACAUACAAGUUGGAGACUUUGUUCGAUUGUACAAUGGGGACCAGGUCCCUGCCGAUAUUAUAUUGCUCUCGACUUCCGACCCAGAUGGCGCGUGCUACGUGGAAACAAAAAGCCUGGAUGGCGAAACCAAUCUGAAAGUUCGGCAAGCCCUUAACUGUGGUCGUCAAGUCAGACAUGCUAGGGAUUGCGAAAAAUCCGAAUUCGUGAUUGAUAGUGAGGCUCCGCAUCCCAAUUUGUAUGCCUACAAUGGUGCUCUGCGCUGGGAACAGCGUGACUCCAGCUAUUCAGAUGCCCCCCGAAGGGAGAUGGUUGAACCGAUAACAAUUAACAAUAUGCUUCUCCGUGGCUGUUCCCUUCGAAACACCGAAUGGGCUCUUGGAGUUGUUCUCUUCACCGGAGAGGAGACAAAGGUCAUGCUGAACUCGGGAGUAACUCCCUCGAAAAAGCCUCGGCUUGCUAAGGAUCUAAACUGGAACGUCAUCAUCAACUUCAUCAUCCUAUUCAUCAUGUGUCUUAUCUGCGGUAUCGGCAACGGAGUCGCCUGGGGUACACCUGAUGCAUCCCUUGACUUCUUCGACUUUGGGUCCUACGGAAGCACACCGGCAGUUACUGGCCUCAUCACCUUCUGGGUUGCGGUCAUCUUGUUCCAAAACUUGGUCCCUAUUUCGCUUUAUAUCUCCCUUGAAAUUGUUCGCACGUUGCAAGCCGUGUUUAUCCACAGUGACGUGUUUAUGUAUUACGACAAGCUGGGGAUGUCGUGUAUCCCAAAGUCGUGGAAUAUUUCGGACGACGUCGGUCAAAUUGAAUACAUUUUUUCGGACAAGACCGGCACGCUCACACAGAACGUUAUGGAUUUCAAAAAGUGUACUGUCAACGGGGUUUCAUAUGGUGAAGCGUUUACGGAAGCCCAGAUUGGCAUUGUUCGACGAGAAGGAGGUGACGCCGAUGCUGAAGCCGCCCGAGCGCGCGAAAAGCUUGCCGCUGAUACAGUCAAUAUGGUUGGCCUGCUUCGCAAAAUGUAUGACAAUCCAUAUCUGCGUGAAGAAGACUUGACCUUCAUAGCACCAAGCUACAUUGCGGAUUUAGGUGGUCAGGCCGGAGAGCAACAACGAAAAGCAACAGAGCAUUUCAUGGUAUCCCUUGCAGUAUGUCACACAGUUAUUACUGAGCAUACCCCGGGCGAUCCUCCGCAAAUCGAGUUUCAAGCACAAUCGCCAGACGAGGCUGCUCUAGUCAGUACAGCUAAGGAUUGUGGCUUUACCCUCCUUGGUCGCUCAAACGAUGAUCUCAUCGUAAAUGUCCUGGGUGAAGAGAGGACAUACACUGUCCUCAAUACCCUGGAAUUCAAUUCAACAAGAAAGAGGAUGAGUGCAAUCCUCCGCAUGCCUGAUGGCAGUAUUCGACUCUUCUGCAAGGGCGCAGACAGUAUCAUCUAUUCCCGCCUGGCUCCAGGCAAGCAGCAGGAGCUCCGUAAGAAGACUGCUGAGCACUUAGAGAUGUUCGCUAGCGAAGGUCUGCGAACUCUGUGUGUUGCAGACCGAGAGCUCAGUGAAGAGGAAUAUCAGGCAUGGAGUAAGGAACAUGAUAUGGCUGCCGCCGCGCUUACAGAUCGCGAAGAGAAGCUUGAGCAAGUGGCAAGUGAUAUAGAGCGGAAUCUUAUGCUUAUAGGUGGUACAGCAAUUGAGGACAGGCUGCAAGAUGGCGUUCCGGACACUAUCUCUUUGCUAGCAGAUGCAGGCAUCAAACUAUGGGUUCUCACUGGCGACAAAGUUGAAACAGCCAUCAACAUUGGCUACUCAUGCAAUCUUCUAAAUAACGAUAUGGAGCUGAUAGUGUUCAAUAUCCCCGGAGAUCAGCCACAGAGCGCAUCGCAGGAACUCGACAACCAGCUACAGCGAUUUGGACUGACAGGAUCCGAUGCAGAACUUGCUGCCGCUCGUCAAGAUCAUACGCCACCACCGGCAACCCAUGCUGUUGUUAUUGACGGCGAAACACUCAAGUUGAUGCUUGGUGACGAUCUGAAGCAGAGGUUUCUUCUUCUAUGCAAACAGUGUAAAUCCGUUCUAUGCUGUCGUGUCAGUCCUGCACAGAAAGCGGCCGUCGUGCGAAUGGUCAAAAAUGGUCUUAAUAUUAUGGCCCUCUCGAUCGGCGAUGGUGCCAAUGAUGUUGCUAUGAUCCAAGAGGCUGAUGUUGGUGUUGGUAUACUUGGUGAAGAAGGCAGUCAAGCAGCCAUGUCCUCUGACUAUGCUAUUGGUCAGUUCCGGUUUUUGCAGCGACUUGUUUUGGUCCAUGGAAGGUAUUCAUACAGACGCAUGGCGGAAACCACUGCGAACUUCUUCUAUAAGAACUUGGUUUGGACGAUUGCCCUUUUCUGGUACUCAUUCUACAAUGAUUUCGAUGGGUCUUACCUUUUCGACUAUACCUACAUUGUUCUAGUCAAUGUCGCAUUCACGUCGUUGCCUGUCAUUUUGAUGGGUAUCUUCGACCAGGAUGUUGAUGAUAAAGUCUCGUUAGCGGUGCCCCAGUUAUACAUGAGAGGAAUCGAGCAGAAGGAAUGGUCACAACUAAAGUUCUGGCUCUAUAUGCUUGAUGGCUUUUAUCAGUCAGUCAUUUGCUUCUUCAUGCCAUACCUUUUGUACAGCCCAUCUACCUUCGUGCACCACAACGGCUUGAACAUCAAUGACCGAACGCGUAUGGGCGUUCUCGUGGGUUCUAGCGCGGUUAUCGCCAGCAAUACAUAUAUUUUGAUGAAUUGCUACCGGUGGGACUGGUUAACAGUCCUGAUCAAUGUUGUCAGCUCCCUUCUUAUCUUUCUUUGGACUGGCAUAUAUUCCUCAAUGGAAGCGUCGACCACAUUUUUCAAUGCCGGGGCCGAAAUGUACAGCGCCCUGUCUUUUUGGGUUGUGCUGCUAUUGACGGUCACGAUAUGUCUUCUUCCGCGCUUUACUGUUAAAGCGUUCCAAAAGGUCUUCUUUCCCCUCGACGUCGACAUCAUUCGUGAGCAGGUCUCCCAAGGCAAAUUCAAAUACCUAGACCAGUAUGAAGGAACCGUGCCUCCGAGGGCAGCAGCGACGGCUGCUGCAUCUACAGCCUUCAGUGAUGAAUCAUCGACGUCUUCAGACUUUGUGAAGCCUAUCCAACCCAGCUUCAAGCAGGAUCCCUUUUCAGACGAGCAGCAGAUUUACUCGCCUCUCUUUGCUCCAACCGUUCAUACUCAUCGAGCACGGGGCAGCAAUGGGACGAAUUAUGCAUCCAGCCUCGAUACGACGCGACUGCCUCAUCCACAACCAGUGGACUAUGUCCGUCCAGCACGAACGCGGCAUUCGUUUGACAGAGUACAACAUGGUUUUGAGGUGGCCCAUGACUACCCCUCAGCCGGUGCGUUGACAAGAGAGCCAUCGCUCGCUGGUGCCCCAGAACCGCAUAGCCCUCUUAAGGGCCCUCACGACCCUCCGUUUCAUGCCAUAUAAUCUCGUCUCACAUCUUAGACCGUACAUAGGCUGACAUCAUCCGCACCCUUCUUUUCCCCACCC